AUGGCUAUCGGAAUCUUCUCCAACCCUGCGAUCAUUGACCACAGUGGGGUUCCCAAUGUCGGUCCCUGCCAGCGUAAUCGAUUUGAAGAACUCGUAGUCCGCCUGAAGGACGCUCUUGGUCCAUCAUCAGGCUUGGCCUCGGAAGAUGUGGACAUCGAUUAUCUCCAACGAUUGAUGGAGGGCUACGAUAGCUCCGAUAAUCAAUGGGGUCGGUAUGCCUUUGGCGACAGUAGCAGGGGCUAUACCCGCAACCUCGUUGACGAGGGAAACGGCAAGAGUAAUCUGCUUGUCCUCGUCUGGUCUCCAGGACAAGGAUCACCUAUCCACGAUCAUGGAAAGGCGCACUGCUUGAUGAAGAUUCUCCGCGGCGAUCUGACCGAGACUCGAUACGCUUUCCCGGAAAACAAUCAAGAGGGGCCGAUGAAAGUCAUAACCGAGACGACAUACAAGUCGGGCGAGGUGGCAUAUAUGAGCGAUGACCUUGGUCUUCACCGUGUCUCAAAUCGUGGCAGCGACUUUGCUGUCUCCUUGCAUUUAUACACUCCUCCAAACGUAGCCAAGAAAGGGUGCCAUAUCUUCGAUGAGAAUACAGGACGAAAGAGCCAUGUGCCAGGCUGUCACUACUACUCAGCAUAUGGGCGGCUGCUCAAGGAGUAG